AUGAUGAUCCACAGAAACAUUUUCACCAGAAUUGAUAAAAUUCAAACAGAUGUAUGGAGUAUCGUCUGGAUUAGCAGUAUCAUUUUCGGUGCUACUCUACUUGUCAAUGUAUAUAUGAUUUAUUAUAUCAAGGUUUACCUUGAUAAAUUCAAUAUGGAUGCUGUAUGGUUAGAAAGUGUUGAUUUCUCAGUCAAUUUCAAAGUUCAAAACAUAGUUCAAGAUCGCUUCCUAUUUAACACUCCUCAUUUGGAUUAUAUUCAAUCUGUUCUACUUUUUUGGAAUUUAUUCAAUGAUUUGAUCAUUGGGUUUGUCCAGGAUCUGGGCAUAUGUGGAAUGAAAUGGAUAAAGAAUAGAAGAAAAGUACUAUUAUAUGUUGCUCCGUUCUACUCUAUUUCUUUUUUGAUCUUCUGGUUCCCAUGGUCUAAGGAUGAAUUUGUGGUGGCCUUCCAGCUUCUAUUCUGCUUUUUCUUUUUCGACACAUUCCAAACUUUGAUUUUAUCAGCAUAUUUUGGAAUGUGUGUCGAAAAGUUUCGUAAGCACCAAUCACGUGUUAGAAUAUUCGUUUAUGCAGAAGUGGCGACCGUAAUAGCUGGGACUUUGAUCCUACCUAUCGAGUCUAUGACUGACAACUUACAAAGGUAUAAUGUAUUCCAAGUUUUCGUGGUUGGUAUCACCCUUGUGGCUACUUCUUGUAUGUUGUUUGGUGCGAAGAAUCUGAAAAACCAAGAUAUGUCAAGUAAUAGUGAAGAGGAUGUACCUACAGUUUUGUCUGGAGAGGAAGAAAUAGAAAGCACAACUGAUUGGAGAUCGAUCAUUAAAAUAACAUGGCAGAUUAUAAAGGAAUUUAGAUUCAUUGCUCUCGUAGGAUCACAGUUCUUCAAAAUUUUAAGAUAUAUGGCAAAUGAACAAUUUCUGGUUACGUACGUGGAAAUCCUCUUGACCGAGAACAGUAUUUUAAGGAAAGGAAGUAGCAUGCUUGGUUUAUAUUAUAUAAUCGCUAGGUCCUUAGGAAGCAUUUUGUUCAUAUUACUUUGGAUCCCAGUUAAAAGAGUCGGGUGCCAAUGGGUAAUCCAUGGUAUAAAUCUACUCACUUUGGUCAAUUGCGCUGUGGCAUACUACGCUGGUUCCAGCCAUUUUUGGAUACUAGCUUCUUUCGUUAUUUUAGAAAACACAUUCUCGAGGUGCGGUUGGCAAUCAUUCUAUAUGAUUAUAUCUGCACAAGUGAUCGAUUCCGAUCGGGAAGUUUACCAUAGAAAACUCCCAUUCUCAACAAUCGUAUUCUCGCUGAAAACAUUAUUUACAAAGCCGGCUGAUCAACUUGCCUCUGUUAUUGUUUUAGGAGUCUUACAAAUGAGCUACUAUCACGAUUUCAAACUACUGUGUUGGCCAAACUCAAAUACUGUUGGGAAACUUUCCUCUAAAAAUAAUAUUGCCAAUGAAAUCUCUUUCACAGAUUUAGAGCUGCGAUGUACCAAUAUAAAAAGCGCCACUUAUGACACCUUAAUUUUCCUACCACUGAUCAGUUUGUCUGCUGGAAAUCUGCAGCGAACCAGUCAGAAAAAAAUCUAUUGA